AUGGAUAAAUGGAAGGAAACGAUCAUUCCUUCAAGUAGCACGUCCGUUAUAAGGAAGGAUAAAGGGAAGGAAGUGGACAUUAAAAGGUGGUAUAAAGGGAAGGAAGUGGACAUUCCUUCAAGUAGCUCGUCCAUGGAUAAAUGGAAGGAAGUGGUCAUUCCUGCAAGUAGCUCAUCCAUCCCUGCAAGUAGCAUGUCUGUUAAAAGGAAGGAUAAAGGGAAGGAAGUGGAAGUUCCUUCUAGUAGUGCGUCCAUGGAUAAAUGGAAGGAAGUUAUUCAUGCAAGUAGCACACCCAUUAAAAGAAAGGAUAAAGGGAAUGAAGUGGACAUUCCUUCAAGUAGCACGUCCGUUGAUAAACGAAAGGAAGUGGUCAUUCUUGCAAGUAGCAGGUCCAUAGGUAAACGGAAGAAAGCGGUCAUUCCUGCAAGUAGCACGCCCGUGGAUAAACGGAAGAAAGUGGUCAUUCCUGCAAGUAGCACAUCCAUUACAAGGAAGUAUAAACGGAAGGAAGUGGAUAUUCCUUCAAGUAGCAUGUCCAUUUCAAGGGUCUCUAGUACUAGAAAGAAAAGUGAUGGGGUUGAAGGUGUGAGUCCACUCAAGGCCAAGGCAUUCUCAGUUCCUUGUAAAAAGAAGCACCGUUCCGGGUCAUCUAAACAGGAUGUUGUGUACACGGAUCCCAUCUUGCAAGAUUAUCUAAAGAAACAAAACGCUUACUUUAAAAUGAUAGAUGAAUUUGAACUGUUAGAAGAGGAGGUUGAAUCCCUUAGUGAUAGCUAG